UCUGUCAAUGUCAAUGUCGGUCGUAACUCCACCAUUUAUAUUUUUUACUGACCGCGUCUUCUAUUUCUGAGCUUUUUUCACGAACACAGGGUAAAUAUGUUAUUUUACUCCUUCUUCAAGUCAUUAGUUGGAAAAGACGUGGUCGUAGAAUUGAAAAACGACCUCAGUAUAUGUGGGACGCUUCAUUCAGUCGACCAAUACUUGAAUAUAAAAUUGGCGGAUAUAAGCGUCAUAGAUUCUGAUAAAUAUCCUCACAUGCUGUCCGUGAAAAACUGUUUUAUCCGUGGAUCUGUGGUUCGAUACGUGCAGCUGCCCGCCGAUGAGGUGGAUACCCAGCUACUUCAAGAUGCGGCAAGAAAAGAAGCGACCGUGUCAACAAGAUGAACAGAACCUCCAAAUAUUUCGGUUCUCACUAAUGGUGUUUUUUGGACUGAGUGGGUGUAAAUAAUAUUGUAAGAAUAAGUUUCGUAAUAAAUUUGUGAAGUAAGUCA